GUAGAAUCAACCAAUAACCGGUGUCCGUAGUAUUUCAACCAAUAUGGCUGAAAUAUUACGGGCGCUCGUUAUUUACUACCUGUUGUUGGCCAUUAUGAGAUGAGUGAGAAAACUUGUCCGGUGCCAUUAUAAUUUACGAAGCGAAGUGUACGAGUUCUGGUAUUGUAGACACAAAGCUUUAAAGAGAAAGAAAAAAAUAUUAGAUAUUUUGAUUAUUACGAUGUAUACUAUUUCGACGGACGAAGAAAAAAAGAUUUUCCACUUUUUAAAAUCGCACGGCUGCUGUUUAAGAUGUUGUUUACGAUUUAUUGGAUAUCGUACAUCAGAAUGUUAUUGCAAGCCUUUUGAAUUUGCAGCACGAAUGGAUAAUUUUGAUACAAGAGAUUAUAUUUCUUCGGAAGAAACACCUUGUGUUGUAUGUUUAGGAGUACUUCAAGAUAAGACACAAGAAAAAGUAGUGAUAAAGAUAAUAGAGGAAGUAAAAAAAAAAGGUUACGAUUGUACAACUUUUACUUGUGCAUUGACUGUUCCUGUAUCAGUGAAACUCAGAGAACAUAUAUUGUAUGCUCAUAUGUCUAAAGAGUUGGACAUUCACAAAUCUGUUGUAGAUGCUCUUAGAACAAGAUUACAAAAUAUCAAAGAUACCUGGAAAUCAUUUAUGAUUCCAAAACUUGAACAAGCUAUGAAAAAAUGUGCAGAUCUGUUGACACCAUCGCCUUUUCUCAUUGAGGUUUUCUUAGCGUAUGCUAAUGAUGAAAUAAUAUUUAAAGAAUUAAUGAACAAACACAAAGAAGGUAGUAAUAAACAAAAAAGAAGAAAAUUCAAUGAUAACAUAUUUAGUAGGAAGAAUAUUGAAACUUUACUCCUUGAAACAACGGAUGAACAACUUGUACAACAUUUUAAAAUGUCACAAAUUGUAUCAAAAAUGUUUGUUUCUGUAGACAAUAUUUUGUGUUCUCAUAGCAGUAUUUUCAUAGGAGGAUGUUAUAACAAAUUCUCAAGGAAACUUAGUCAGACUCCCUGGUUCAUAAAUGGUGAAAAAAAAGUGGAUACCUCGGUACAAGACUUACUGUGCAAUCUUAUUGCUGAAACUAUGAAGGCAGAAUCAAUAAAAUUUUUAUCAUCAGGAAGAGAAGAUGUUGACGUACGAAACAUAUAUAGUGGCCGACCAUUCGCGGUUGAGUUGGUAAAUCCUCGUAUGACAAAUAUUACAAAUGAACUUUUAAGACAUUUAGCUGCCAAUAUCAAUCAGUCAACUAAACAGGUCCAAAUAACAUCAGGUUUAAAAGUUCUUUCAAGGUUUGAUUUGAAAAAGCUUAAAGAAGGUGAGAAUGUUAAAACAAAGUUUUAUCGUGCCUUAUGCGUUUGUCAAAGCACGAACGGCGGUAGUUUGUCACAAUUGGAAACUCUAAAUGAAUUGAAGAAUAUAAAAAUCAUUCAGAAAACACCAAUAAGAGUGUUGCAUAGGAGGCCUUUAAGUCCACGAACGCGCAUCAUUUACGAGAUGCGCGUACGCUGGGCAAAACCGCAUGAACUGAAGAAAUUAUUACAAGUUUCCGUUGAGAAUACCGAUAAGUUUUUUAUUCUCGAUGUUAAAACACAAGCGGGUACAUACGUGAAGGAAUUCGUACAUGGUGAUUUUGGUAGGACUAAGCCGAGUUUAUGUGAUUUUCUCAAUGCUGAAGUGGAUAUUGUAGCGUUAGAUGUCACGGGUAUUAAUUUGCAAUGGCCAUAACAGUAAAUAAUUGAUACAUUUAAUCUUACAUCUGAUUAAAAAAUUAUCGAAUAUGAAAUGUGUGUUAUAAAAAUGAAUAAAAGUUAUAAAAAUAAUAA